AUCAUAUUAGUGAAUCUAAAUCCGCCGGCAAACCCUGGAGAUCUCAAGUUAUGUAUUGGAACCUUUCAUAGUGCAGCACUAAGUAAUUGCUUUUACCUUCCCCUCUACAAGCGUUGUGCAUGCUCCGCUCCAUCCAACCCGAUAACGACCAUUCGAACCAUCCCGCCGCCCAUUACCUUCGUUCAGCCUUAUAGUGCAUUCUUUCUUCUCUUGUAUACUUAUCCACAUGAUCUUACACGUAUACACAUACCUAUAGGUGGUUACUCAUAUACCUACCUCUACCUAGGUACGACGACUUGGUUGAAUAUUUAUAUCCCCCUUCGGACUGCUAGAUAUCCUCUACUCAUUAAGACCAUCCCUUCUGGUUCUUAAAUAGCAACUCUUGUGCGACGAGAGUAGUUUGUCUCAGUUCCUCUUCUCUUCCCUAUUUUCUUGUACCCGAAACUGUCCGUCGACCGAUUGCACGAUUCCUAUAGUUCCUUUACUUUCUCAGACCUUCGUUCAGUAUGGCUCUGACACCCCCAAUUACAGUCGAGGCUCUGCCAGAUAUACUCAAAGAUGACACGAAAGUCAAGUUGGCAGGAGUUGACGUCGAUGGAAUGCUACGAGGAAAAGUCGUAUCCAAAAAGAAGUUCCUUUCGAUAGCUAAAGAGGGCUUUGGCUUUUGCAGUGUCAUCUUUGGCUGGGAUAUGCACGAUAAGACUUAUGAUCAAGAGCUCAAGAUUAGCAACAAACAGAAUGGUUACCGAGACAUAAUCGCCGUACCCGAUUUGAAUAGCUUCCGGCGCAUUCCCUGGGAAGACAGCAUCCCUUUCUUCCUGGUUAGCUUUUUCGAUGAUGACUCGAAACCGGUAUGCGCCGAUCCUCGAGGUGUGCUUAACACCACUGUCGAGAAGUUGAAAAAGGAAGGAUAUAACGCCAUGGCAGGAGCCGAAAUUGAAUUCUUCCAAUUCAAAAUUCCUUCGUCGUCUUCGUCGACCACAGAUUCCCCCUCUCCGUCCGUCGCUGCGUUCCUGAACGAUAAUACGCCACAUGCGCUACCAGCCUUAACAGAGGGUAUGUUUGGAUAUAGCAUCACGCGACCGACGCUGAACAAAUCAUACUACCAUGAGGUCUACGACUCAUGCGGCAAAUUCAAAUGCGACUUGGAAGGGUGGCAUACGGAAAGCGGCCCCGGAGUUUACGAAGCAGCCCUAGAAUUCGGACAAAUAUCGGAGACGGCCGACCGAGCAUCUCUUUUCAAGUAUGUUGUCAGAUCGGUCGCAAGCGGUUACGGCAUUACGCCCUGCUUCAUGGCAAAGCCCAAACAUGGUUUGCCUGGGAACAGCGGGCACACUCACGUCUCUGUCGUAGAUAAGGAUGGCAAAAAUGUGUUUUUCCGAGAAACGAAGGAUGAAAAUGCGAAAUACCCCGACAUAGCUCACCUAAGCGAUCUCGGGAGACAUUUCUUAGCCGGUAUUCUAGAAGGCUUACCUGACGUAAUGCCGAUGCUCGCGCCCACUAUAAAUAGCUACAAGCGACUGGUCGAGAAUUUCUGGGCACCAGUCACGGUCUCGUGGGGCUUAGAACAUCGUGCUGCUUCUGUCCGCCUGAUCGCACCACCGACCUCUAAGCCCGGAGCCACCCGAUUCGAAGUCCGUGUCCCCGGUGCGGACGCAAAUCCUUACUUUGUUAUGUCAGCUAUUCUUGCGCUUGGCUGGCGCGGCGUGGAAAAGAAACUUGAGAUCUCAAUUCCACCGCUCGGUAAGGGCCAAGAUGUUGGAGGCAAUAGUGACCAAGGCGCUCGUCUGGCGAGAAAUUUAAGAGAAGCCACCGACAAAUUCAUGAGCAAAGAUAGCAUCGCGCGUGAGGUAUUCGGCGACGAUUUCGUAGAACAUUAUGGUGGGACCAGGGAAAAUGAGAUACGACUUUGGGAUGAGGCUGUCACGGAUUGGGAAUUGAAGCGAUAUAUUGAGACGGUAUGA